CUGUCUCAGAAUUUCCAAAGAAGAAUCAGCUUGGCACCCUUCUUCCCAACAGAAGCAACUGCCAUCAUGAGUGAGACCAACAGUUCUCUGGAGCAAAUCCUUUCCCAGCUGAAAUGCCAUUUCACAUGGAACUUAUUUAAGAAAAAAGAUAUCUCAGAGGACCUGGAAAAGGAAAUGUGUGAGCAGAUUGAAUUUUCAAACCCCAAGUCCAAAGGCACAAUGUACAACAUGUUGGCCUACAUAAAACACUUACGUGGUCAGGACGACGCUGCCCUGGAAUACUUACGGCAAGCUGAAGAGUCAAUUCAGCAAGAGCACUCUGACCAGGCGGAAGUCAGGAACCUGGUGACCUGGGGAAACUAUGCCUGGGUCUACUAUCACCUGGGCAGACUCCCAGAAGCUCAGGAUUAUGUUGACAAGGUGAAACGGGUGUGUGAGAAGUUCUCUAGUCCCUAUAGAAUUGAGUGUCCUGGGCUCGACAAUGAGGAAGGGUGGGCACGGCUAAAGUGUGGAGGACUCCAAACUGACAGAGGCAUGGUGUGCUUUGAGAAGGCGCUGGAAAAACACCCACGUGAUCCUGAAUUUACCAGUGGACUGGCCAUUGCGGCAUACCGUGUGAGGGAAAAUCAGAUGCCUGUGAAUGUCACUGACCCUCUGCACAAAGCCAUUGAACUGAAUCCUGAUAACCACUACCUUAAAGUUCUUUUGGCUUUGACACUUCAAAGGAAGAGAGAAGGAGAUGAAGGAAAGAGCUUAGUUGAAGAGGCCUUGAGGGACGCUCCAAAUGACCCUGAAGUGCGUCAGGCUGCAGAGAAGUUUUAUGAAAGGCAAGGCGGUUCUGCGAAGAGUCUCGCCAGCCAGCAUUACUAUAGAGGAUACAUCUAUCGGGGAGAAGUCCUCCGGAAGUCAAAGAUGAUGUCAAGGGAUGAGCUAAAUGAAUUAAUUGAAAAAGCUAUAAAUGAACUAAAGACAGCUUACGAGAAGGAUGAAAAUCUCCCCUGGGUCUGCCUUUACCUUGGUGAACUCUAUUCCCAAGUGGGUGAGCACGAGAAAGCAGAGCGUUACUUCCAAGAGGAAUACAGUAGAGCACUAACUCCUGCAGCUAAGCAAAGAUUCCAUCUGCAUUAUGGCAAUGUUCAGCUGGCGAACGAGAAAACUGAAAAGGCUAUCCACCAUUAUAUGGAAGGUCUGUUUCUAGACCAGUACCAUGUUUGA